AUGCUUGCUACCAGGCAGUUUGAUACCCCCGAGCAGAGCCACUGGUCAUAUAGCAAGUUUGAGACUCCCCUUCACAAGCCACCUACCACACCUCCACGCAUGUCGAACCAGUUCGAAACCACCUUGCCGACGCCUCCCGAGUGGCAGGGACAGCAGUACUCUUAUCUCUCCGGCUCUGAGAAUAACGUCUUCUCCCAGGCGUACGGAGCUGGUAAUGAGACUUCGGAAGCCUCGCAACCUCGCACUACAGCCGGCACACCAACACAAGCAGAGAUCCAAACCAAGCAGGAGCCCAACACCGGCUUGAGCAGCCGUGGAACAGCAGACCCCCUCGGCCUCCGCCAAGUAAAGCAGCCUACCCCGGAGGACGAGCCUGAGGACAGGCAGCGACAGCAGCAACAAGAACAGCGACAGGCAUCGCAAUCCUCAAACAAGUACACAGAGAUGGCACCUCAGGAGAGGGCGGCCUCGACAGAGAUGCAAGGCCAGACGAUGACCCCAACGGAGCAAGAGGCCGAGACGGCCGCGGCUCACAUGGAUAACGACGAGGCGAACCUGAGCAAAGAGGAGGACGACGACAUGCUGGACGAUGAUGAUAUGCUUGACGACGGCGAGGGCACACCCCAGACUGCUGCUGAGCGCACGGCGGCACGGAGGAAGAUGAAGCGAUUCCGGUUGGUGAACCAUGAAGAGAACCUCACGGAAACCUGA